AUGCAGGCUAAUGUAGCAGCGACACUGUCAAUUGCAUUAGAUAACUUUGCAUGCUUUAUUCUAACUCUGCCUACAGAUGACCCCAAGCCAAGUCCUCUGCCUUCAAAUCCAAGAGACACUGGUGGCUUUGAUGAUUCAGAUUUAGUCAAUGGCAAUUUUCCAAAAGGAGGUGGCGAUAGUAGUGGCAAUAGUGGCAGCAAUGAACGAAAGAGCCCCGGUCCAGGAAAUGGUGAAGCGUCUGAGGGUUCUCAGGGAGCAAUAGCUGGAAUUGCAAGUGCUGUAAUUGCUACUGUAAUUGGAGCAGUAUCAAGUUUCAUUGCUUACCAGAAGAAGAAACUCUGUUUCAAACAAAGCGAUGAAGAGAAUGUGAAUAUGGAAAGCCAUCGGGGAGCACAAUCUGAGCCACCUGUUCAGCGCACACUUCUGGAGAACUAAAUUGAAGAAAACGUGAUGAAGAAUACAACACUGAAACUGGAUAGAGAGCCUGCGUUCCGCCUGGGGGGGAGG